AUGGAAAUUGAAUCAGAUAUCCCAAAGAUCCCCGAUUUUCAAUUAUCAGAGAAGCAAUUUUUAUUGCAACACACUGACUUGGAAGAGAAGGACCGUCAACACAUUAUAGAGGAAAUCCUCCAAGCAAUCAAAAAAGAUCACCUUGCUCCAUAUUAUCAUUAUUUACAUACCGAAAUCUCCGACUUCCCUUACGACGAGAGUUUAUAUCGUGAAUUAGCUUCUGAAAACGAAAAGGUGAUUGAAGAAUUGAAACUGAAAAUCAAGGAGGCUGAAGAUGAGGAAGACACAGAGUUGGACGUGGCAUCAACAACAACAAAAUUAGCAGAAUACUACACUAAAAUUAUCGAUAGAAAAAAUGCUACAGAGACAUUUAAGAAAGUGUUAGAAUUGACUCCAAAUACUGGUAGCAAAAUUGAUCAUUUGUUGACACUAACAAGAAUAGAUUUUUUCUUCAACGAUUUGCCACUGGUUCAAAAGCAUUUGGAACAAAUUGGCCAAUUAAGUGAGAAGGGAGGUGAUUGGGAACGUCGUAACCGUUUCAAAGCUUACAAUGGCAUUUAUAUGUUGGCAACAAGAAACUUUGCUGAAGCGGCAAAGUUGUUAAUUGAUUCUUUGGCUACAUUUACAUCUACCGAACUCUGUUCUUAUGAAGCAAUUGCUCACUGUGCUAUCGUUGCCGGUGUUUUGUCUUUAGAAAGGGUUGAUUUGAAAAACAAAAUAAUUGAUUCUCCCGAGAUUUUGUCCAUCGCAUCCACAACACCUAAUUUAGAACCGUUGUUGAAUUUGACAAAUUCUUUAUAUACUUGCGAGUACAAUUGCUUUUUCCAGUAUCUUUUGGAAUCGUAUGAAAAGUUGUUGUUGCCAAAUAAAUACUUGUACAAACAUGCUAACUUUUUCCUUAGAGAAAUGAGAUGCAAAGCUUAUAACCAAUUGUUGGAAAGUUAUAAAUCAUUAUCCUUGAAAUCUAUGGCAACUAAUUUCAACAUAAGUGAAGAGUUUUUGGAUCAAGAUUUGUGCAAAUUCAUCCCUAACAAAAAGUUAAAUUGUACGAUUGAUAAGGUGAAUGGGAUAAUUGAAACAAAUAGACCGGAUAACAAGAACAACCAAUAUCAUGCCUUGAUUAAACAAGGGGAUAACUUGUUAACCAAAUUACAAAAAUACGGUGCAGCAGUCAAGUUGAGUGGGGCAGAAAGAGUUGCUUAA